AUGGCAAAUUCUAGUAAGAUGAUGAUCCAAUUUGGCCAUCUCAAGCGCAACUUUUUCCCUCCUUUUUCUCCUCCUCCUUCGUAUUCAAGCGUCCUCUACAAGAGAGCAUCACAAUUCCAAUUGCAAGUCUCUCCCAUCUCUUUGACCCCUUUCUUUCCACGCCACUUCUCUUCUCUCCCACGUAGCCUAACCGCCAGGCCACAACUCUUCUCUCCCCCCUCCUCCAUCCCUCGGUGGGUUCACGAUACGUUCAUCAGUUAUAAACAGGCCGACACGUGCAACUUUGUGAGCCAUCUCUACGACGCUCUUGAGCGGAACAAGAUAAGGGCCUUUGUCGACUACAAUCUGGAAAGAGGACUAGAGAUUGCACCGGCAAUCAAUGAAGCGAUUGAGCGGUCGAGGAGCGCUAUCGUGGUAAUUUCUCAGAACUACGCCUCCUCGCCGUGGUGCCUAGACAAGCUGGAUAAAAUCCUCGAGUGCAAGGAAAAGAAAGGUCAGCUGGUGUUCCUCAUCUUCGUAGACAUUGACCCCAGAGAGAUGCGCGAGCAGUCCGGACCAUUCACGCAGAUUGGCCAAAGCGAGAAGGGUUUAGGGCAGGAGAAUGCCGACAAGGUCCUUAGGUGGAGAGAUGCUCUCCGCAAAGCUGGCAAUCUCACCGGUUGGCCUCUUGGUAAUAGACUUGAAGCUGAAUUCAUCCAAUCCGUUGCGGAGAAAAUCUCAAGAAGACUGAGCCGCUUACAUGCAAAUCUGCUUGCUUUUCAUCCAAUUGGGUUAGAUUCUCAGUUACAAGCAUUGUACUCCUUACUCCAAUUAGAUGUUGGGGAGGUCCGAGUCGUGGGAAUUUCUGGCUCUAGCGGAAUAGGAAAGAGUGCACUUGCGAGAGCUUUGUACCACCGAAUUGCAGAUCAAUUUGAUUGGAGUUGCUUUCUCACGAACGUGAAAGAUAUAUUGAGCCAAGAUGGCCUCUUCAAAAUGCAGGGCACCCCUUUUAGUGACAUACAUGGCGAUGGAGUUUUAGAGUUUGGCAAUGAUACUCAUGUAGUAAUAAACUUCAUGAGGAGUAAGCUUCACAACAAGAGCAUUUUGCUGGUGCUUGAUGAUGUUGAAGGGUUGUCGGGGCCACUGAGCCAUAUGAUUCAGGCAAUAAACUUGGGCUCGGGAAGUAGAGUCAUUUUGAUCCCUCGACACGAAGAAACCUUAAUUGGUCUAUGUGGGGAAAUCUAUAAGUUGGAGUGCGUUCCAAGAAAGAUAUCCCAAAAGUGA